AUGGGGUUUAGUCGUAAGGAUAGGGGUAGAACUGGAAUUGAUCCUCAUAAAUCUGAUGAGGAUGCAGAACGUACUGGUAGAGAUAUUUCAAGUAUAUUAAUGACAGAGGAGACAAGUAACUAUAGCGAAGCUGAAGAAGUUCCAAUAGAUGAGAUUGCAUAUGAAGAAGAGAUAAAUGAAUCAGAAGAGGAGGUAGGAGAAGAUUUAUAUGCAGAUAACUUUCUAGAUGAUUACCAACCAGAUCCUGAAUUGGAUAGAUAUGACCCAGAUAUACUUGAUGAUACUAAUUAUGAAGAUGAUCCAGAAGCAAGGAGAAGAGCUGAGAUAGCCUUAGAUAGACGUGAUAUGGCUGAAAGGGGUGAAUUAAUGACUGGUACAGAACAUCGUUUUGGAAUUACAUCAUAUUUAGUAGAUGAAGAACUUGGAGAUACAAGCAAAGAUAUUGAAAAACGUAGGAAGAGGAGAGAAAUGUUUAGAGCAAUGGCAGAUGAAGCAAUGAGAGGCACUGGUUCUUUUGAUAUAAAUGAAUUAAUACAAGAAUUACCUCUAGCAGAACAAUCUGAAUGGAGUGAGCAUAUUGAGAAUUUAAUAUGUAGAUUAUUUAAGAUUUUUAUUCAAGAAUUUAAAUUAUCUGCAUGGCAUAAAGCAACUCCAAAUGAUGAGAAUAUUAAGUUAAUGGAAAAGAAUAAGUUUUUAUUUGAUGAAUUAUAUUAUAUGAAGAAGAUAGAAGAAAUGGUACAAGAGGAGAAGACUAGUCUACAUAUUGAUGUACGUCAUAUUUUCACUUUUUGUUAUAAAUUAUGGGAUUAUCUAAAUAUAUAUCCGACACCAAUUAUUGAAUGUUUUGAUAGAUGUAUUUUGGAAAUUAUAUCAUCUUUAUUUCCAAAUUUAUAUAAUAAUAAGACAAUAACGACUAGACUAAUUGGGUUAGAUUAUAUUGACGAAUUACGUGAUUUACGUGUUGAAUGGCUUAAUCAAUUAAUACGUGUAUCCGGAAUAAUAACAAGACGUACCAAUGUAUUAACCAAAUAUAAAACAGUUUACAUGGAAUGUGUCAAAUGUGGAUGUGAUACACUAGGGCCAUAUGAAGAUUUUGGAACAAAUAAUAGUAGCUUUGGUAAUGGUGAGAAUAGUAGUUUAAGAAGUGUAGGAAAAUGUACAGAUUGCCAAAGUAGAGGACCUUUUAUUAUUAAUAGGGAAAAAACUAUUUAUGAAAAUUACCAGAAAUUAGUUAUUCAGGAAUCACCUGGAAGUGUUCCUGCUGGUCGCAUACCUAGAUCUAGGGAGAUCAUUGUUACUGGGGAUUUAGUUGAUUCUGUAUGUCCUGGUGAAGAGGUUAUACUAACUGGUAUUUAUCGUACUUUUAAAGAUCGUCAAUUAAAUAUUAAAACUGGAUUUCCUAUUUUAGGAACACAAAUAUUUUGCAAUAAUAUUGAGAAAAAACAUGAUCCAUUGCAACAAGAUGAAUUGACAGAUGAAGAUUUUAAAAAAAUAAGGGAAUUAUCUAAGGAUCCAGAUAUAAAAGAGAAGAUUAUAUCCUCAAUUGCUCCAUCAAUUUUUGGACAUCAUCAUAUAAAAACAGCUAUUGCCUGUUCUCUAUUUAGUGGAAUUAGGAAACAAGUACCUGGUAAACAUCAUCAUAUAAGAGGUGAUAUCAAUAUCUUAAUAGUUGGGGAUCCAGGUUUAGCAAAAAGUCAAUUCUUAAAAUAUGUAGAGAAAAGUUUUGAUCGUACGAUAUAUACUUCGGGUAAGGGUGCAUCAGCUGUUGGUUUGACAGCAUCUGUUAGACGUGAUCCAAUAUCAGGGGAGUGGACUUUGGAAGGUGGUGCUUUAGUACUUGCUGAUGAAGGCAUAUGCUUAAUAGAUGAAUUUGAUAAAAUGAGUGAUAAAGAUCGUGUAUCAAUACAUGAAGCAAUGGAACAACAGAGUAUUUCAAUUUCAAAAGCUGGAAUAGUAACAACUCUACGUGCUCGUUGUAGUGUUAUUGCAGCAGCAAAUCCCAUAUUUGGGAGAUAUGACUCUUGCUUAACUUUUAAAGAUAAUGUUGAUCUUACUGAUCCAAUUAUUUCAAGAUUUGAUGUAUUAGCAGUUUUAAAGGAUGAAGUGCAUCCCAUGAAGGAUGAAUUACUUGCAAAUUUUGUAGUACAAUCACAUAUGAAUAGUCAAGGUAUAUAUAACAAUACAACUGAUGAAUUUAAUGUAACAAAUUUAGAUGAUGAAUCUCAACAAUAUCAACAUAUACAACAAAUUGAUCAAAAAUUACUGUGUAAAUAUAUACGCUAUGCUAGGAGAUAUUGUAAACCACAGAUCAGAAACGUUGACAAGGAAAAAAUUACAACAUUUUAUGCAAGGAUAAGACAGGAAGCAAUACAAACUGGAGGAAUUUCAAUGACAGUACGUCAUAUAGAAAGUAUUAUAAGAUUGGCAGAAGCUCAAGCAAAAAUGCGUUUAAGCCCUAUUGUAACAAACAAAGAUAUUGAUGGUGCUAUUGGAAUAGUUUUGGAGUCAUUUAUUCAAAGUCAAAAAUAUGCAGUAGCACAACGAUUAUCUAAAACAUUUUCAAGAUACAAAGCCUUAAGUAGUGGUUUUGUAGAUAUAUUAGAAAAUUUACUUUUGCAACUUUUUGCCGAUAAAAUCAACAAAAUACAGCUUAGGCAGUGGUCUGAUGAUAAUUUAGGUAUGAUGCUUGAUGAGGUAGAUAAUGCCAUGGUAUAUUUAGAUGAAUUCUUAGUAUGUGCAGAGAAAAUGAAACUGUCACACAAUGUUACUUUUUCAUAUAUAAAAUCUUCAGCAUUUGGAAAACUAUUCCUUGUAUCCGAUCAUGUUGAUAACAAUGGAAAUAAUAUCAAAGUCAUUACAAAAAAACACUAUAAUGAUAAAUACUCACAAAGUCAGAUAUCAAUGCAAGGAGAUUAA